CUGGUUUCCCUCAUUUUAGAUAAAGCUGUGUUGGACCAGAUCUGGCUUCCUGAUCUCUACUUUGCCAAUGCAAGAACUGCCUACUUCCAUGAAGUCACAGUGCACAAUUUCAAUAUGUUCAUAUCACCCAAUGGUACGAUAGCCUAUGGAACGAGGGUUACUCUCAAUUUGGCUUGUCACCUCAAUCUACAAGACUAUCCGCUAGAUCGACAAUCGUGCCUAAUCAAAAUUAUCAGCUGUGAGUUUCAAAAGAACUUUUGGAUCUACAUUUUUUCCCUUAUCUUGUCAAGGGGAUAAAA